AUGCUCUUACUACAAAAACGCGAAAACCACACGUCCGUCACGACACUCGGACGUAUCGAGAUUCGAAAACGGCCCAUCGUAAAUGGAGUAGGGGUUCGAUUAAAUGAUGCACGGGAUUUCUUGUCUGGUGUGUGUGUGCUGUGUGAUUCAAGACUACCUAAACCUGGGAAAAGCCAGUGCAAGUGCCAGUGCUGCAGUCUUUCUCACAGUUCAAUUACCCAUUCUCGGCACGUGCGCCCGGCCUACGCACCCCCAGGAAACUUGAUACUUCCGGCCUUUGCAGGAACGGACGCUAAGGGGGCAAAGGGGGGGGAAGGAUUGCUGAGACUUUGCAACUGUGCAAGAGACCUUUUUUUCCAAGCUUCCAUCCUGCUUCCCCUGCUUCAUGUCAACGAUUGGAAACCGAAAAAGGGCUAG